AUGCCUCCAAGAGAGCUGCUUCUCCAAAGCCUGCUUGAGCCACAUCUCAGGAAAGCUGGGACCCUGAAGUGCACUGCACAAUUUGAGGGCGGCUAUAGGUCAAAGUGUGUCUUCCAGGCAGCUGGGCUCAUCCGAGCCUCUUCCAGGACCAAACAGAAAUGGCAAAGUACUCAAUUUGAAUGUCAAUACUGCACGACAUCCCUUCUUGGUAAGAAGUACGUACUCAAGGAUGAUCAUCUCUACUGCGUCUCCUGCUAUGAUCGGAUCUUUUCUAACUGCUGUGAGCAGUGGAAAGAGCCAAUUGAAUCAGAUUCUAAGCCCGUCUAAAUUGACUUUAUUUACUGUCUCCAACGGAUCUUUGCUACAAAAAACCGUCAUUGGCAUGAAGGUUGCUUCAAGUGUACCAAAUGCGACCACUCUUUGGUGGAAAGCCCUUCUGUUGCCAAGGAUGAGCGCCCUGCUCUGCACAGAACUGCUAUUCUAACGAGGUGUUCCUCCAAGUGCUUCCACUGCAAGAGAAACAUCAUGCCAGGUUCUCGAAAAAUGGAAUUUAAGGGCAACUACUGGCAUGAAACCUGCUUUGUGUGUGAGCACUGCCGACAGCCGAUAGGAACCAAGCCUCUGAUCUCGAAGGAGAGUGGCAAUUAUUGUGUACCGUGCUUCGAGAAGGAGUUCGCUCACUACUGCAACUUCUGUAAGAAGGUGAUAACUUCCGGUGGGAUAACCUUCCGUGACCAGUUAUGGCAUAAAGAGUGCUUUCUGUGCAGCGGCUGCAGGAAAGAGCUUUGUGAGGAGGCAUUUAUGUCCAGGGAUGAUUUCCCAUUCUGCUUGGAUUGCUACAACCAUCUUUAUGCAAAAAAGUGUGCAGCCUGCACCAAACCCAUCACUGGUCUCAGAGGUGCCAAGUUCAUCUGCUUUCAAGACCGCCAGUGGCACAGUGAGUGCUUCAACUGUGGGAAGUGCUCUGUCUCCUUGGUGGGCGAAGGAUUCUUGACUCAGAACAUGGAAAUCUUCUGCCGCAAGUGUGGCUCUGGGGCAGACGCUGACGCGUAGGAAGAGACGGUCUCUCCCCGACCUGAAACCCACUUUGCCUUUGCUCUCACUAAAAGGGGAACUCGGUGGCAGUAAUACUCUUUGUUUGUA